AUGCGCUUGCACUUGCCGUCAAGCCGGCGCACGCCGGUCUCGCCCUUCGCCGGCCCCGCGCUGGGGCCUGGCCGAGCUCCCACCCACGCGGCGGCGCACCGGCUCCGCCUACACCGGCGGCCCCGGCCUAGACGCGAGGCGUUCCUCGGCCCGCUCCUCCCGCGCCGGUGCCCGCCGGUCUGGACGCGCGGCAGGCGGCGGCGGCGGCGCCCCACCCGCGCCGGCGGCCCCCGGCCUGGACGCGCGGUGGCUGGAGGCGUCGCCCGGCCCGCUCCUCCCGUGCUGCUGGGCGCCGGUCCGGACGCGCGGCCGUCGACGGCGGCGGCGGCCCGCCCGCGCCGGCGGCCCCCGGCCUGGACGCACGGCAGCCGGAGGCGUCGCCCGGCCCGCUCCUCCCGUGCUGCUGGGCGCCGGUCUGGACGCGCGGCCGUCGACGGCGGCGGCGGCCCACCCGCGUCGGCGGCCCCCGGCCUGGACGCGCGGCGGCCGGAGGCGUCGCCCGGCCCGCUCCUCCCGUGCUGCUGGGCGCCGGUCCGGACGCACGGCCUCGACGGCGGCGGCGCCCCACCCGCGCCGGCGGCCCCCGGCCUGGACGCGCGGCGGCCGAAGGCGUCGCCCCGGCCCGCUCCUCCCGCGCUGCUGGGCGCCGGUCCGGACGCGCCGGCGGCCCCCGGCCUCCUCCCGCUUGCGCCUCCCCGGGCCGAGCGCUAG